CAGAGGUGCAGUUUCAAGCAAAGCCUGUACCAACCCAUGAAGAGGAUUUUUUUUUUUUUUUAUCACUGUCAGAACACGAUGUUUAAUCGAAAUGCGACUUAAAUAUUGACCAGGACCGAGGCGCAGAAUUCAACGCGGACUUUUCAGCCUCAUCACUUCAUCAGCACGGAAGAUUAAUUUUCUUUUUGGUGGACUUACGCACAGGAAUUCUCCUUUUGGUGUCUAUGCAGUACAUGCGUUUUUUCCCCUCUUUCAGCGCACUUGAAAAUGGACAGUUCGUCAUAUGACUCAUGCGUAAAAGCAGUUUUGUCGCUUGAUGAGAGCUCCACGGAUUUAUACCACUAAUUCCCUGUUGUGAGGGGGUUCAGCAUGUUUUCACAGAUCUGUCGACCACAACGUUUCGUCCGCUGCAGCAGACCCGAGGAUGUGCUCUGCCUGAGAAGAGUGAAAUAGGCUGAGGCACUUGUUAGAAUUAUAGCCCUCACACCAUGAUAUAAUUUACGCACGAGAGAGAUAAUCAUCGUCCAAACACUUUUCCUGAACAUUUUAAUGAGAUGAGUCAUUUGCAUAUUCUCUCCAGUUCUCUCUGACGAACAUCCUCGUGCGUAAUUAUCAAGGUCCUUAUUAGACAUAGUAAAACUCAACAGGUACAAUGCAAACCAAGGAGAUGGAUUUAAUACAAUUAACUGCUGUGUUCCUCUUGUUCUGGGUCGGCACCGAGGCUGUUAUCAACCUCAAGUAUGGAAUAAACGAGGAGAUGAAGCCCGGGUCAGUGAUUGGAAACGUGACAAAGGACGCGCUAAAGCAAGGAUUUCAGAUUGCACCGCAGCCCCCCUACUUGAGGGUUAUUUCCAAUUCAGAACCGCGAUGGGUGGAACUCAGUCCUGCCGGAAUCCUUACAACCCAGAUGAAAAUAGAUCGGGACGUAGUUUGUCGACAGAACCCAAAGUGCAUUAUUUCCCUCGAAGUGAUGUCAAACUCCAUGGAAAUCUGUGUCAUCAAAGUUGAAAUUGAGGAUUUGAACGACAACGCGCCCAGAUUCCCAACCAGCCACAUUGACAUUGAAAUUUCAGAAAAUGCCUCCCCUGGUACCAGGUUUCCCCUAGAGGGGGCAAGCGAUCCGGACUCGGGGAUCUUUGGAGUGCAAUCAUAUUCUAUCACUCCAAAUGAGCUUUUCGGGCUGGAAAUAAAGACGAGAGGGGACGGGUCCAAAAUCGCAGAGCUUGUUGUGCAAAAAUCGUUAGACAGAGAGACACAGUCUCACUAUUCAUAUGAAAUCAGCGCAGAAGAUGGAGGAGACCCUCCUAAGAUAGGCGCGGUCCAGUUAAACAUAAAAGUAAUUGAUUCUAAUGACAAUAACCCGGUGUUUGACGAGCCGGUGUACACGGUCAACGUGAUGGAGAAUUCCCCCAUUAAUACAUUAGUCAUAGACCUGAACGCCACGGAUCCCGACGAAGGCACAAACGGAGAGGUGGUUUACUCCUUCAACAGUUACGUCACCGAGAAAACGAGGGACGCUUUCAAAAUUGACCCCAGAACCGGGAUCAUCACCGUCAACGGGGUUUUGGAUUACGAGACGACGCAAAUAUACGAGAUCGACGUGCAGGCGAAAGAUUUAGGUCCCAACUCCAUACCAGCUCACUGCAAAGUCACAGUGAACGUGAUGGACACGAACGACAACCCACCUGUCAUUAGUUUACUCUCACUGAACACGGAGAUGGUGGAAGUUAGUGAGAACGCGCAGCGGGGAUAUGUCAUCGCGCUGGUGCGGGUGUCGGAUAAGGAUUCCGGGGCAAACGGGAAAGUGCAGUGCAGGCUGCAGGGCAAUGUUCCUUUCAGAUUACAAGAAUAUGAGAGCUUCUCCACUAUACUUGUUGAUGGCAGGCUGGACAGAGAGCAAAAGGACACGUACAACCUGACCAUCCAAGCGGAAGACAGCGGCAUCCCCCCGUUACGCGCCACGAAAUCUCUGGUUGUAAAAGUCACGGAUGAAAAUGACAACCCUCCCCACUUUCUUAAGCCGCAUUAUCAAGAAAUGGUGAUGGAAAACAACCUCCCCGGUUCGUGUCUGCUUGCGGUAUCCGCAGAGGACCCGGACCUGGGGAUGAAUGGCACAGUUUCAUAUUCGAUCGUCCCCGGAGAGAUUAAGCACAUGGAUGUAAACACAUAUGUCAGCAUAAACCCGUCGGGUCGCAUUUACUCCAUGAGAUCCUUCGAUCACGAAUACACGAGGACUUUUGACUUUAAAGUUUUGGCCAGGGACAAUGGUAAUCCCUCCUUAUCGAGUAACGCCACCGUGCGCAUCGUGGUGCUGGACGUCAAUGACAACACGCCUGUCAUGACAAACCCUCCUCUGGUCAACGGGACGGCGGAGGUCUCCAUCCCCAGGAACGCCGGGGUGGGCUACAUGGUGACCCAGGUGAAGGCUGACGACUACGAUGAGGGGGAGAACGGGAGGCUGACCUACACCAUCUCGGAGGGGGACAGGGCUUUUUUUGAAAUCGACCAGGUGAACGGAGAGGUGCGCUCCACGAGGAUGUUUGGAGAAAACGCCAAGUCCACCUACGAGAUCACGGUGGUGGCGAGAGACCACGGCAAGCCCUCCCUGUCCGCCUCGGCCUACAUCGUGGUGUACCUCUCCCCGGACCUGAACGCACAGGAGCCUAUUGGAGCUGUCAACCUGUCCCUCAUCUUCAUCAUCGCCCUGGGCUCCAUCGCCGCCAUCCUCUUCAUCACCAUGAUUUUUGUGGCGGUGAAAUGCAAACGGGACAACAAGGAGAUCCGGACCUACAACUGCAGUUUCUUCUACUUGCGCAGGGUGGCGGAGUACUCAUAUGGCAACCAGAAGAAGUCCAGCAAGAAGAAAAAGCUGAGCAAGAAUGACAUCCGCUUGGUGCCGCGAGACGUUGAGGAGACAGACAAGAUGAAUGUGGUGAGUUGCUCAUCUCUCACCUCCUCGCUCAACUACUUCGACUACCACCAGCAGAGUCUGCCGCUGGGCUGCAGGCGCUCCGAGAGCACCUUCCUCAACGUGGAGAACCAGAACUCACGCAAUGCAGCUCCCAACCAUGGCUAUCAACACCCGUUCACAGGGCAGGGCCACCAGCAGCCAGACCUCAUCAUCAACGGCAUGCCACUGCCAGAGACGGAGAAUUAUUCCAUCGACUCCAGUUACGUGAACAGCAGAGCCCACCUCAUUAAAAGGCCCCCAUGUAGCACAUCGACAUUCAAGGACCUGGAGGGGAACAGUCUGAAGGACAGCGGCCACGAGGAGAGCGACCAGACCGACAGCGAACACGAUGUCCAGAGAGGACACUAUGUUGACACGGCUGUCAAUGACGUGCUGAACAUGACUGUCCCCCCCAAUGUUUGCCAGCUGCCGGACCAAGAUCCCAGUGAGGGUUUCCACUGCCAGGACGAGUGUCGCAUCCUCGGCCACUCCGACCGCUGCUGGAUGCCUCGCGUUCCCAUCCCGGCGCGCGCCAAGUCGCCGGAGCACGGCCGCAACGUCAUUGCCCUGUCCAUCGAGGCCACCACAGUGGACGUGCCGCAUUACGAGGACGGCACGACCAAGAGGACUUUUGCCACCUUUGGCAAGGAUGGGCCGGAGGACGUGGAGCGGGGAGAGAUGAAGGGAAAGUGGACUCAGGAGUCUCAGGUGUGCAGCCCCAAGGCCAAUGGAGGGGCUGUCCGCGAAGCUGGCAACGGGCGCGAGGCGGCCAGCCCCAUCACUUCCCCCGUGCACCUGAAGAGCCCAGUAUCCAAACCCUCGUCUGCCUACAACACACUGAAAUGCCGCGACGCAGAGCGGAUUGCCAACCACAGCCUGCUGCGGCAGCCGGAGGGGAAGGACAGUGAGCCGGCUGUCAGGGAGAUCAACACGCUUCUCCACGACGGCCGGGACAAGGAAUCCCCCAGCAGCAAGCGCCUGAAGGACAUUGUGCUUUAGCGAGCUUCUCUAGGACACACGCACACACACACACACACAUGCAGUGUAAACUCACAUAUAUAUACCCCGCAAUAGCUGUGUGUACACAGAGGAAAGCCAGGCUGUGGAAGUAGAGAGAGAGAGAGAGAGAGACACACCCAUUUGCAGUAUACAAAAAUUCAAGAACCAGCUUGGGCUGACAACGGCGGACUGUAGAACGCUGCAGCUAGUUGUGCGCUCGAGCCCAGAUAGUGGAUGUGGCUUUGUUGUAGUCGCAGUACUUUUUCCUCGUUUGCUUUUCGUUCGGUUUUUCUUUCUAUCGGUCUGCAAAGAGUGGACAGGCAGGUUACUGUUGACUGCAUGGACACGGCCAGUGGAGCUCUCCAGCCCUCCAGCCAAAGCAGGACACUUCCAUGUUUGGACACCCGAGGUGCCAGAUCAUACGUACAGUUAUGCCUUUUGAACUACUUUUGUAUCACAAACUGACAUUUGCCUUCUUUGGUUUUUGCAGUCUGUUUUAGCUGCCAAAAUCGCUCUUUGUUCCUUUGUAUAGUGAGCUCCAUCACUGUAAUAAAGACACACACAUGCACACACACACACACGCAAACACAGGAUUCAUCCAAAAAUAUUGUCGAUUAAUCCUUCAGCGGUCUUCAGAGCGUCCAGGAGGAGGAAGGAGAGGCUUCCCGGCCUCGUUCUCGACCCUCUUUUUUUCCCGGCUAAUGAGAGAAACUUGUCUCUGCGUAUCUGUGAGGACGUCCCGGCGUCACCGGACUGCGAGGUCUUCGCGGUAUUUAUAUUUUAUCACGGACGGAGCUAAACGAACUCUCACUAUCUGCCAAGCCGCUCUGAACCCUGGAAGUGGGAAAGACAGAGCCUUGUGUUCAAAUCCAGUUGUAUGAAGAAGAAAAAAAAAAAAAAGAGACUUACUGCUUUUGAAAUCUCCUGUGCCCAACCUUGAUUGUAGCCAGUGGAGCACAAACUAGAACCUUGUGCUUUGGUCUUGUACUUUUUUUGACUUUUGACUAUGGGGCUAGGAUAGAAGGGAUCGUCACUCAUGUCUUGCUAUGUGAAACUCUGUAUAGGGUUUACUAUUAUCAUUUUUAAUAACCUGUUGUUAUGUGACAAUCCCUUUAAUGUUUUGUUUCAAGAGAAAAAAAAAAAAAUAAACAUUGGUGUUCAACUGAAGCUACAGUAGCGUUUGUUACACAAACACAAAAAUAAAAAAAACAUAUAUGCCAAAAUAUAUUUUAUAAAUAAUUUAAAAAUGUAUAAUGAGAAUAUUUAAUGCUGUGUAGUUAUUUUAUGAGUAAGUUAUACUUGAAAUUAACUUGCUUUUGUUCAUUUGUCUUUUGCUUUUUAUAUUGAACCUGAUUUCUUUUUUUAUUUUCAAAAUGGAACUUGGAUUCUUCUUCUUCUUCUUUUUUUUUUUUUUUUUUUUUGUUUACUGUGUGAUCCCUGGCAACUGUUGACUUGCAGUCUACCUUGUUGUAAAGAGUUUCUUAUUGGUCAGUUCUUGUGCCAUCCAGUUUCUGUGUGGGCUACUAGAAAAUGUUAAAAAAAGACAAAAAAAAUGAAAAAAAAAGUCAAAAAAAGCGAUUUCAGCACCAACAUUAGUGUGUCAGUUCAAUGAGCUUAGAGUGAGAUAGCAAAAGAAACCAAAAAA